UUAGGUGCAAUGAUGAAGAGUUUUUUCCUAGUUGUGACUAUCCUGGCAUUAACCCUGCCUUUUUUGAGUGCAGAGGGGCAAAACCAGGAACAAUCAACACACUGUGAGAAUGAUGAAAGAUUGUUCAAUGAAAAAACAGUAAAAUAUAUCCCAAUUCAUUAUGUGCUGAGUAGGUAUACUAGUUAUGGACUCAAUUACUACCAGCACAGACCAGCUGCACUAAUUAAUAACCAAUUUAUGCGUUACCCAUAUUAUGCAAAGCCAGUUGCAUUUAGACCACAUGCCCAAAUUCCUCAAUGGCAAUUCCUGCCAAAUAUCCACCCACCUACUGUGGCACAUCAUCCACACCCACGUCCAUCAUUUAUUGCCAUUCCACCAAAGAAAACUCAGGAUAAAACAGUCAUCCCUAUCAUCAAUACCAUUGCUACUGUUGAGCCUACACUUAUACCUACCACUGAACCAAUAGUGAACAAUGUAGUUACUCCAGAAGUUUCCUCAGAAUUCAUCAUGAGUACACCUGAGACCAACACAGUCCAAGUUACUUCACCUGUGGUCUAA